AUGGGGAAUCACUCAGAUAAAUCGCUUGACAAGGCUCACCGGCAUUGGGGGCGACCGUUAGCUUCCUACUAUGAUAGCAUUCGCGAAACUAGGACUUCGUUCUUGGCACAGAGGAAAAAUCUUGGGCUAGGAGCUGCCAUGACAUUACGUACCAAGGCACGUAGUGGUAUCCAGAAAAUUUGCGAGCUGGGGGAGAGGCGUGGUCCAGUACCUCCCGGCUACAUCAACGUCAUCACAUUAUCUGUUCUCGAAUCCAUAUCUAAAUUGGUGUUACUGCCUAGAGCCGUUGGGGACUUUGCCCAUCCAACCCUCAUCUCUGGAUGUAUCAAGCUCAUGGCCUCAAUUCAGGAAUCUGGCAGAGUUACGCCAUUCGCUUACGAAUACGGAUACCUAUGCUUUCGAAUUUUCAAGAUUGCUGUCGAUGUGUGUAUACUCAACAGGUCGAGACUCUUCACAUCAGCAACAUCCAAUAUGGUAUCAGAGCCCCUUGCCGAUCCUAUAAUGCUGCUAUCCAGACAUACGGACCAAGCUAUUCAGAUCCAAAUGAAUCUCGAGAAAGAAAAUCGAACGGAUAAUCCUCACGGGCAUCGAAUCGAACCUCCUUUGGAUAUUGCUGAACUUCCCGCGCUCCUAACAAUCUUGUACGAAGACCGAAAAGCGUUUAGUAUUGCUAUGAUGCCAUCACACUCUUUGGGCUUAGCUGGAACUUUGUUCUUACUCGGGAAAAGUUUGUCAAACGAAUCAUCUACUACGCAUAACAUCAUGGAGAUGUACUGUGAAGUUCUCUGGCGCUAUUCGAACACUUCUGUAUGGGAUAAGGUAGCCACUCAGCUCUUAACAAGCCACUAUAGAGAACAGGCUAAAAGCAACUGGAAGCCUACUUUUGUCGACCUUGAGGAUUCCGUGACCAUCCUUCGCGCCGCAAAUAUAGCUAUCUCACCGGAUGAUAAUAGGAUCCCGGGUCCCUUCGACAUCUCAGCUAUUCCUGUACUUGUGGGAUUUGCCGCCCCAUUUGUUGAAUUGGGGUCAGAGGCAUUUGUGCCCCAAUUUUUGGACGUAACGAUAGGAUGCAUGUGGAAUUCCCUCACUAGUGGGAAGCAAUCUGCGGAUAGUUUCAUUGAUUCUGUUCGAGACAUUUUUUACCAUAUCAGGUCAGCAAUCCGCUCCAAAUGA